GGGUGGCUGCGGCGGGGGACGGGGCAGGGGCCGGCUGGCUAAAAACAGCCCUCGCCUAAUAAAGCGAUGGGGCCCGGUGCCCGCGCCCUAUAAAUAAGCUCGGUGCGCGGCCGGCGGGCUUUGGCCGGCGCGGCUCGGCUCUGCAGGCGGGGCGGUGCAGCUAGCACAGCAGGGCCGCCAGUGCCGCCGCCUCCGCCGCCAGGACAGCCCCGGCCCCCGCACCCCGACACCCCAGCGAGAUGCCCCGGGUAGACGCAGACCUCAAACUGGACUUUAAAGAUGUCCUGGUCAGACCUAAAAGGAGCAGCCUUAAAAGCAGAGCAGAGGUCGACCUCAAGCGCACCUUCACCUUCCGUAACUCCAAGCAGACAUACACAGGAAUUCCCAUUAUAGUGGCAAACAUGGACACUGUGGGGACAUUUGAAAUGGCUGUGGUUAUGGCAAAACAUGCAAUGUUCACUGCAAUUCACAAGCAUUAUUCUCUGGAAGAAUGGAAACUGUUUGCUGCCAAUCACCCAGAAUGCCUUGAGCAUGUAGCAGCAAGCUCAGGUAGUGGACAAAAUGAUUUGAAAAAGUUAACAAGUAUUCUAGAGGCCAUUCCAGCUAUCAAAUACAUCUGCCUGGAUGUGGCAAACGGCUAUUCAGAGUAUUUUGUGGAGUUCGUGAAGUCUGUCCGUGCCCUGUACCCACAUCAUACCAUUAUGGCCGGCAAUGUGGUGACAGGAGAGAUGGUAGAAGAACUUAUUAUUUCUGGAGCAGAUAUUAUUAAAGUGGGUAUUGGACCAGGUUCUGUGUGUACCACUCGGAUUAAGACAGGGGUAGGCUAUCCACAGCUAAGUGCUGUUAUUGAGUGUGCAGACUCCGCACAUGGCUUGAAAGGACAUAUCAUCUCUGACGGAGGAUGCAACUGCCCAGGAGAUGUCGCCAAAGCAUUUGGAGCCGGUGCUGACUUUGUCAUGAUUGGAGGAAUGUUUGCAGGCCAUGACCAGAGUGCUGGAGACAUUAUAGAAAGGAAUGGCAAGAAGAUGAAACUAUUCUACGGAAUGAGCUCUGAUACAGCCAUGAAGAAGCAUGCAGGCGGAGUUGCUGAUUACAGGGCUUCAGAGGGCAAGACUGUGGAGGUACCUUACAAAGGGGAUGUGGAAAACACCAUCCUGGACAUCCUCGGGGGGCUGCGCUCCACCUGCACCUACGUGGGAGCUGCCAAACUCAAGGAACUGAGCAAGAGAACGACAUUUAUCCGGGUGACCCAGCAGCACAACGAAGUCUUCUCCUAGCCUAGGCCUGGGGAGCUGGAGAGAGGAGUGGGGGAGAAGAGCAGGAAGGACUGCUCUUUUGCUUUGCUUUCUCCUCCAUGUUGUGUUAGUGGCAAACUUCCCUCUCUCUCUCUCAGGAUGGCAGUGUCAUAGCCAUUGGCUAUGGCUGAGAUUUGGAAGGGGAAGGUCAUGCUAUUAACACAGUGCCAUUGAUUCAAAAUGCAAUAGCCUCAUCUUUAUUGUUGUGCCUAUUUUAUUUUUUAAUCAACAUUUCUUCACCUGUUUUUUUCCCCCUGUGAUAAAAAGCUGCUGAAACCUCAGUUAACGAGGAAUUGGCUUGUACAGACAUGGCUGUUAACGCCUGCACACAUUCACACAUUCCCUUUUUUAAGACUGACCUGUCAGCUACCACCACUUUCUGGCAGUGCACCUUUCAAAAAUUGCAGGCUGGGAGAGAAAAAGAUGCAAGGAAUUGCAUGGAGAGAUAAAAAAUCAAAUUCUCUUAAUCUUUUUUCUGGCUAAGGAAUAGAUGUUAUGGCACAACUACCAGGCUGCAAGAUGUCAGAGGUGGAUGGUAGAUGAGGCCUGGCUGUUGGUGACAUGUGAUGCUAAAAAUGCCAGAUCUCAGUGACUUUCAGUUCACAGAGCCGAUGUUGCUGUUCUUACUUAAACCUCCCUAUUCAAUGCCCGUUCAGAGAAGCUGGCACUGAAUGUAGCAAAACCGUGCUGGCCCCCCUGCCCCCAUCUGAGAUCAUUCAGAAGCUUUUCAGAGCUUGCCUGCUUUAUCAUGAGUGCAGUUAUUGAAUUACCGGGGUUCCUGUUCUACCUGAUCUCUGGGAACAGGUUUUUAAGACAUUGAAACUCAGCAGCUGUAACCGUGACAAGGGGGAACAAUUCUUGCAGUCCUCUCUGUUCCCUUGCCUGCUCACAUCCAUAUAGCAAAAAUGUAAAAAUACUGUGCAGUGCAUUGUCUGUGGCCAGGUGGAGGAGGCCAGAGGGAUCAAAUUGCCUUCUGGUUAUGUGGUACCACUCCUUUGCAGUCCUUGACAUCAUGUAAAGCAAGAGAGAGCUUUUGGCAGAACAGCCUGGUUGAUUGCAAGACACUGUCAGGCUGAGAUGGAGUUAAAGCAUUUGCUUUAAAGGCAGUAAUGAAUGUUUGAGACUCUGGGUAACACUUCAAUAAAGUGUAAUGGCCUGAUAAUUAAUUGAUAAAUCACAAUGAAAAUUUCUUUGGAAACACACAUUGCAUCCACGACUACCACAGUAACUCAAUAUGAUAAAUGAUGUAAAAGUGAGCACCAAUGAAUUAAUAAUGCUUGGCCACUUACUUUAAACUACUGCUGAGAUCAUAAUGCAGCUGGUGUUACUUCAGUACUUCAGAAUCUUACUUUCCCCUCCUUAGACAUCUGUGGAAAGAGGCAGGCUUCCUUUGAAAAGCAAAAAGGGAUCUGUAGGAAAAGGAAUAGCAAAGAGAAACUCUAAAACUCAUACGCUGGACUGCUCAAAAAGCCAAUCACAAGGACUGGUGCAAUUGAUCAUCCUGAGAAGCAAAUCCUGGCCACAAGCUGAUCCCUGGUGAUUUUCAAGUGCGUUGUGCACAUUAGAAAAAGCACAGGAUAUCUUCUAACUUGCCUGGUAUUUUAAAUAUCUUCCAUUUAACAUGUAGGAUGUACUUCUUAAUUGUGGGAUGACCCCUUCCUCUGCUUUGGAAGUGGAUGAGGACCUUGAUGUGAGCACAGGUUGUGCUUGUGCUGGCUGCAAGGACCAUUGUCCAGCCCAUAUAUCAUAAAGGAAUAUGAAUGCAGCAUAGAAGCAGGGCCUGAAAAUCCAGGCCCCGGGAAUCCAGGCCCUGAUCUCUGCUCUCUCCAGCCUGGAAACAUCAUGUUAAGAGAAUGCCAGGCUUCUUCACCACAGAAAGGCACCGUGGGCCACCUACUGCUCUCAGCUGCACUAGCCCAGAGCAGGGGCAGUGUGACCCCUCUGCAUCAGAACAGCUGUGGGACAGCACUGGUCCUCUAUUUAUGUAAUGUGAAGGGGAAGGAAAUGGACACCUCUGUCAGGAGUGGGGUUAGACCACCACAGCCCAGUCCUGACCACAGGUGUGUCUCCACACUGGUGCCUUCACAUGUGGGAAGUGCAGCACUCUGCUGGUCUCAUGCCCACUGUCACUAGCGCUUUUCUACUUUUUUUUAGCUACAUUUCUAAGUGGAAUUUAAGAAAUGCAUAUGCAUAUUAAAAUAUAUAUUUAUAUAUAUUUGUAAACAUUUUUUUAAAAGAUCAUGCGCACACCAAACUGAGCAGCUUCAUGAUGGCCUCAGAACAGUUUCUUUUCCAAAGGGCAGGUGUUGGGGGCAAGAAAGGCUGCCUCUCCACAAGUGUGGCAAAUGGGGCUAUUCUUACACCUGCUUUUCUUCCCCUCCUGCACAUACCUCUGAUCAGUGACUAAUAGGAGAGGGACAGGCUAUUCUUAAGCUGUCCCCCAAAUUCUUCAGGCUGUGAAUGACAUUGAUGUCAUGGAUGGUGACUGAUAAAGUUUUGAUGUUAGGUAUUUGGUUUUCUGAAUAGCAGUUCUUACCAUUGUUUUUAUAAACAGCAUGGGUGUUUUUCAUUUUCUCCUCUCCAGCAGUGAGCAGGAGAGAGAAAUGAGAUGCAGAAAGGCUGAACUGGUGGCAUGUCUGUAUCUCGCCCAGUUAUAUGUGACUUUUGUUCAGGAAUAACCCUCAGCAAUGUCAGUGCUCAUCACUGACACUGUACAUGUGCUGCUCUGAGACAGGCUGGAAAAUAAUUUAAAAAAAAAAAAGAAAAAAAAAGGAAAAAAGGCACUUGAGUCCCCCUUUAGCACCUAUUCCUGUGCUGCAGUCGUUGCCCUGAUCUUUACUUAGCUCCAGCUCCUGUACCCUGCUCAAGCCUGCUGCGACUCCCGCAAGGAGCUGAGGCAGAGGGAGCCAGGCACACACUUUGUCUGGCAGGAUGGUGCAAGUCAAGACCACAACCACUGACAAAUGCCAUGUGCCAUUUGUGGAUCUACCUCACCUGCACAUCUAACUGGGUUCUUUGCUAUUUGGUGUCCUUUUGUGGGAAAUGGAAUUUGUAAGUGCUUGAUAAUGCUUAAUGUUGAGUGAUUCUAUGUAACCAGGUCUUCGCUAAACCUACACUCCAAUCCCAUCCUGUCCAGAGGAAUGCUGUGAGUGUUACAGCCUGUACUGUAGGCCAGGGCCAUGCCUGCUUUCCCCAGCCAGGCAAUUGUUGAGCUCCCAAGAGCAGUGUUGAGGUUCCCACUGGCUCCACAGGGGUGCAGUUUAACAUACCAAAGACCUACAACUGGGGAUGCUGAAAAGGCCAACAUUACAUCAUUAAGCAAUCCCUGCUGAGCAUGUCUGCCUGUGGCUUCUUGAAACAUAAGGACACUCUAACACCCCUGACACUCCCGGUCCUGCUGUGGGUUUCCUUACUGCAGGGCAGGCUCCUGCCCACAGAACCUAGCUACUGGAACUCUCCUUGGGAGAAAGGGCUCGGCACAGGAGCAGCCUUGCUCACUCCCCAGUGACUCUGUGGUGGCUGCAAGGAGUGCACCAUGCACGUAGACACCUCCUUGUAGGUGUGAGCAGUUGUUAAAGGAGUGGGCCUUGAGCCAGCAUCCUGACACAUGCAAAGCAAACCACACACAAAACACAUUCCCAUCUGCUCAUUGGAACAGCCAGUCCCCAUCGGCCAUGGGGCAGGGGUUUCAGCUGUGCUUUAGUGCAGCUUUCUUCUUCUUUAGGGCAUGGUGGGGUUGAAUGUAGGAUGGAGACACCCUGUAAAUAUGGAGAGUUGUAAGCAGGAUCAGAAGAAGCCUCUGUUUGCCUUUGGGGGAGCUUUUCCUAUAUAAAAUGUGCCUGUCUCUUCUUUCAGCUAAUCAAUAGCAGGGGUAGAAGGGAUGGAGAUGAGGAAGAAAUGUGGCAGCUGUUGGCCAAGCCCCACUGUGUUGGGACAGGUGCUUUGAGUCAAGGGCGUGAUGAGAAUUUGAAGCUCUUCUGAACCAAGCACUCCGUGCUUUAUACCUACUGAACUCCACUCUCGUGACAGACUUGUUGAUGCAGCUUUUUGCCACUGUACAUCCAGUGUCUAUCCAUCACCAUCUCACAUCCCCCACGGGGAUGGUGCUGUUUAGCUCCUAAUACCAGUUUUACACCAAAAAUUCUUCUUUGGAGCCAGGAGGGCUUUUGCAACCAGUGCCAGGUUUGGCCUUGUGUAAAAGAGAUGGGGGGAAAAAAAGCCAAGGCCCAAGAACAGCAGUUUGCCCUCUGUAGCAGCCAGGGUCAGCAGGUGGAAGAGGGCCAGCCCUUCCCUGCGGGCUGGGAGCUGCCAGGGCCAGCGGAGUUGAAGAAUGUCUCGAGUAGAUGCUGGCACAGCUCUGCACUCAGGACAGACCACCCCCUGCAGCCCUAGCUUCAUUUGUGGUCACCCGGAUGCUUAAACGAGCCCUCCCCAACAUUUACUUUACCCAGUGUUUGCUGGCUAAAGUUUUCAUACAUAAAUCAGCAGUCUGGAGUCCAAAACUCCCUGCUGUUGCCUGUGAUAACUGUGAAGCGCUUCUGUGUCAUUGACCAAAAAGCUGAUGGGCUUUCAGUGUUUUGCUGUCCUGCUCGUCCCUGCUGAGAUGGUGAUGAGAACACUGCCCUCCUUCCCUCUGCUGUGGCAUCCUGUGUGCGCGGCCCAAUCAUCCCAACUGCUCCCAGGUUUUUGUUUUUGUUAUGCAAUAAAGAGCUUCACCCUGA